UAGACAAGCGAAAGGAGGGAGAGAUAGCAAGGGACCUUAGAGAAACUUGACUUUCUAUGGCCUGUAAAAACACAGGGUGGACUGCAACUGGGAAGAGUGACCAAGUGACAUUCUCUUAGCUGAGGAAGAUAGUCAUGUGAAAAAAAGGACUUCAUAAAAGAACAAAAACAAAAAAACGAUUUACCGGUACUUCCCAGUUUUUGAUAUACCUGCUGUCAUACCAAAGUGCUUGAUGGCUGUUGCCCAGGCAGCGCUGCCCUCCUUCAGCUCCUUCUCCAGCCUCUCCGACAACAUGAAAGUGUGGCAGGCUCAUGACUUGCCAACGGUAGACUCUCCUAGCAAGAAAAUACCAGCAGGCACCUCUGAGCAGAUGCAGGUCUGCCAUCAAAUGACAGAGGAGCUUCUGGACGACGAGGGCCAAGCAUCAUGGGACAUUGAGCUCCUGUUGUCUGAGUGGAGCAACUCUUCGCCUGAGCUCAACCCCUCCUUAAACAGUGAGCAACUCACACAACCUGACCAGAGCACUGGAUACCAAGACAUGAGCAUGUUCAGGGUACAAUCGGAGCAGGAGAGUUUGCAGAUGAACGCCGGUAGCCUCAUGGCUGAGCUCCUGUCUCCUGCUGAUACCACACCAGUCCUGCCGGAGCUGUACCACCACGCUUUUAAUGAAGAGCAGACUACUCGGAGUUCAUUUCCUAACGUAGAGAGUUCAAGUCAGUUUGACUUCCAUCAAGGGGGAAAUUUGGAGAUACAGAGCAGAGGAAAUUUUGGUAAAGUCACAUCAUGGGACUUCAACCCCUAUUAUCCGCAGCAGCCGCCCUCCACAGUGUCCAUGGCCACUAGCAGGUCCAUCCCAGCGCACGCCGUUGCUCCCCUUCCUCGACAUUACGGCUACAUGGCCCACUUUAAUCCCGGCACCAACCUUUUCGAAUACACUCACAACCAGGCCGCUGUCAGUUUGUCUCAUCACCAUCAGCCUCUGCUGGUCAGACCACCGCUGCCUGCCGGUGGGAUGGAGGGGAAGAGAGGCAGGAGACCGGCAGGGAAGAAAAGGCCCGCCAUCCACAGCUGUGAAUACCCCGGCUGUAGCAAAACCUACACCAAGAGCUCACAUCUCAAGGCUCACCUCCGCACCCACACAGGUGAAAAGCCGUACCAAUGUUCAUGGGAGGGCUGCAGCUGGAAAUUUGCCCGCUCGGAUGAACUGACGCGUCACUAUCGCAAGCACACGGGUCAGAAACCCUACCAGUGUCUGCUGUGCCAGAGGGCCUUCUCCCGCUCCGACCACCUGGCCCUGCACAUGAAGAGACACACAUGAAACUCACACGCACAGGCAACACAACACACACGUCCGGAACCAACGCCUGCAUUUCUUAAACCAAUUAUUGAUAUCCACUCCUUAAAGACUAACCAUCAGUUAAUUAUGGCUUAAAGGAGCUGUAUGUAAGAGCAAUAAUAAAACGAAUCAUAAAAUGACCCCGAUAUGUCAACAGACAUUUAAAAAUCAUGUUCAUUUCAAAUACUUAUGUCACUGACAACAGCACUCAAGCCAGGAUAUUCCAGUUUAAAAAGAGGAGUUGCAGCCCUCAACUGAUGUUUAUGUUGUCAUUUUUUGUUUUGGCCUGAAGCUCCACCCUCCACCUAUCUCCCAAUCACAAAGUCAGUAUUGUUUCUGAAGCUCCACCCUCCACCUAUCUCCCAAUCACAAAGUCAGUAUUGUUUCUGAAGCUCCACCCUCCACCUAUCUCCCAAUCACCAAGUCAGUAUUGUUUCUGAAGCUCCACCCUCCACCUAUCUCCCAAUCACCAAGUCAGUAUU